AUGCUUGUAAUCAGAGGCUUCAGUUUUCUUUCCCUUCUUUCGGCUGUCCUGGCUUCGGCCCAUGGAUCGAACCACGAAUGGCUGCACAAGCGCUCGAACAAUACCCAGACGACCAGCGGAACAGAUGUUGAGUACGAUUAUGUCGUGGUUGGCUCGGGUCCCGGAGGUGGUCCAUUGGCAUCCAGACUCGCAAUCGCUGGUCACAAAGUCCUGCUCCUCGAUGCCGGAGAUGACCAGUUCGAUGCACCUGUGAUACAGGCUCCUGCCUUGCAGUUGCAGUCCACCGAGUAUGAGGGCACAAAAUGGGACUAUUUCGUCAACCACUACCAGGACUUGAGCCGUCAGGAGGAGGAUACCAAGAUGACCUACAAAACGCCGUCGGGCGAACUUCACGUCGGUCCCAACCCGCCUGCCAACUCUGACCCUCUUGGAAUUCUGUACCCGCGUGCCGGUACUUUGGGAGGAUGCUCGGCUCACAACGCCAUGAUUACCAUCUACCCGUACGAAAAGGACUGGGAGGAUCUCGUUUCGAUCACCGGUAACGACACCUGGGCUCCAGAUGUGAUGCGCAAAUACUUUGAGAAGCUCGAGCGCAACCGCUAUCUCCCCAGCAGCCUGUCGGGUCACGGUUAUGACGGCUGGCUCACCACCAGUUUGACACAAUUGACGCUCGUUGUCGAGGACCGGAAGCUGCUGUCUCUGGUCAUCGCCGCCGCCACUGCUGCUGGAAAGUCUCUCAUCGGAAAACUUCUCACCACCGUGACUGGUCUCGGUGAGGUUCUCCUUCGAGACCUCAACAGCGACGCAAAAGAUCGUGAUCAAGAGACCGGUCCGUACCAAGUUCCUCUCGCCGUCGACGUCCCCGAUUAUAGGCGUACUGGCCCUCGGGAUUUCAUCUUAGACACCCAGAAGGCCACCAAUUCCGACGGUUCACGCAAGUAUCACCUUGAUGUUCAGAUGAACACUCUUGUCACCAACGUCCGUUUCGAUACCUCCGGUAGCAAGCCGAAGGCCACUGGUGUUGACUACCUCAAGGGUCAAAGCCUUUACAGGGCGGAUCCGCGGUCCGGCAACGCGACUGCUUCUUCUUCCGGAAGUGUCAAGGCUGCUCGUGAAGUUAUCCUUGCUGCCGGCGCCUUCAACACCCCUCAGUUGUUGAAGCUGAGCGGUGUUGGGCCCAAGCAGGAGUUGGACAAACUGGGUAUUGACACUCUUGUCAACCUUCCCGGUGUUGGAAAGAACCUGCAGGACCGUUACGAAGUCAGCGUUAUUGGCGAGUCCCCGACCAACUUCACCCUGACAGAGAAGUGCACCUUCCUUGCCACCACACCUGACCCAUGCAUGGAGCAGUGGCAGAACAAUGGAGCGCUCCUCAAGGGUACCUACACCACCAACGGUAUUGCAAUUGCUGUCACCCGGAACUCUUCGACCAGUGACGGUGACCCGGACCUUCUGGUUUCCGGUGCACCUGCCUACUUCAAGGGGUACUACCCCGGAUACUCGUACAACGCAUUAAAGGAGUCCAACCACUGGGCCUGGAUCACCCUCAAGGCACGCGCCCGCAACACCGCCGGUACUGUGGAGCUCCGGUCCAAGGAUCCCAGAGACACUCCGGUUAUCAACUUCAACUCUUUCGACACCGGUUCGACCGAGGACGAUGUCGAUGAAAAGGACCUGCAGGCUGUCAUCGAGGGGAUGAAGUUCUCGCGGGACAUCUUCGACUCUUUGGUCCCAUUGGACGGUGACUUUGACGAAGUUUGGCCUGGAAAGAACGUUUCCACCGACGCAGAAUUGAAGGACUUCGCCAAAAAGGAGGCAUGGGGUCACCACGCAUGCUGCACGGCUCCUAUCGGAUCAGACGACGAUGACAACGCCGUGCUCGAUUCUGACUUCCGUGUACGUGGUGUUGAGGGUCUGAGAGUGGUGGAUGCUUCCGUCUUCCCUAAGAUCCCUGGAUACUACAUCGCUCUGCCCAUCUACAUUCUCAGUGAGAGGGCUGCGGAUGUGAUCAUUUCGAGUGCAUAA